GUCUGUGCUGUGGAAGGUUACCCUGGGGAUAAGCCACUCUAAAAUGACCAAGAACUCAUCAAUUUUUUUUGUAAAUUCUCAUUUCUCUUCACAGUUGACAAAAUUACGCAAGUGCAAUCCUUACUGGAACUUAAGGUGAAUGAAAGAGUUCGAAUUCACAGUCUUUACACAAGCAACAUAAAUUCUUUCCAUCCAUCCGGAAUUAACCCUCAAUGUGGCGCAUGCGCGGUGAGUUUUUUCCCAUAAACACAACGGGUCGAGAUGAAUAAGUUGAAGUCGUCACAAAAGGACAAAGUCCGACAAUUUGUAGCGGUCACUAACACUGGCGAAAAGACAGCGAUUUAUUGCCUGUCACAGCACGAUUGGAGGUUGGACCACGCAUCAGACAGCUUCUUUUCACGCCCAGAAUUUUACCUCAGAGAACCAAAACCAGCUGUAGAUAAGAAGCAACUUGAAAAACUGUACAACAGAUACAAAGAUCCCCAUGAUGAGGAUAAGAUAUUGGCAGAGGGCGUGGCCAGGUUCUGUGAUGACCUCAUGCUUGACCCUACGAGUCGGACGGUGCUAGUCAUAGCGUGGAAGUUCAAGGCGGCAACACAGUGUGAAUUCACCAAGAGAGAGUUUGUUGACGGCAUGACGUAUUUAGGGUGUGAUUCACUUGAUAAGCUGAAAGCAAAACUCCCCUCGCUGGAGAAUGAGUUGCGAGAUUCUGUCAAGUUCAAAGAUUUUUACCAGUUCACCUUCAAUUUUGCAAAAAACCCCGGGCAGAAGAGUCUCGAUCUAGAUAUGGCUAUCGCUUACUGGAACAUAGUACUCGAAGGAAAGUUUCAAUUCUUAGAACUCUGGUGCAAGUUUCUCACGGAGCACCAUAAAAAGUCAAUACCCAGGGAUACGUGGAAUCUUCUGCUUGAUUUCAGUAACAUGAUUUCAGACGACAUGAGCAAUUACGACGAAGAAGGAGCCUGGCCAGUGCUGAUAGAUGACUUUGUCGAGUACGCAAGAUCCACAUCACAAAACAGAAGUACAACCGUCUGACGGAUGGCCCCCAUCACUGUAUCCUUAGCAACCACCCGCCAACCUCUCAUCACUAUGUAAAUAUAUGCAUAUUAUCCAUACUCUAUUGUAGUGUAUCCCGUAGGGGUUGUUGUUUAAACUCAAAUGUAGGAGGAUAAGUUGUCAACUAUUCAUUAGACAGGGCGUUCCCAAACCUUGGUAUCAUCUCCAACUUUAAUAUUUUAGGCCUCGCCAUGCAAACCUUCUAGCUGUAUUCUAGGCCCCUUUGAUUUAGGGCAAUUGUGACUUGGCUACAUAUGCUUCCGAAUGAAAAAGCAAAUGUUUAAGUUAAUUGAAGUUGGUUUUGCCAUCCAGGGCUUCUGAGUAAUUCUGAAGUCGGAUGCUUGAAAAAUGGCCCACGUAACUUUUAGGGGAUGUGAUACAUGUGACAAUCAGGUGUGGCAGCCUAGAGACUGUACCGUUUGAAAGUAUUGCAAGUUGCUUAGAUAAACAACAACCCCUCAUGUCACAAUUCCAUCUCUUGCUGAAAAAUGCUUUCAUAAACAGCUGCAAAUGAAAUGGAAAAAGCUAACACAUUCAAUUCCUUUAUAAUUUCACGUAAUCAAAAACACUUCCAAAGGUAGUGUCGGAAGAUUGUUGUUUUUGGCUCAAAUACUGAAUUAUGAGACUGAUAUUUAUAAUUUUUAGUGUAAAUUAUUUAAAAGGGAGCUUUUCUUUCCUAUUUGAGGAGUGCUUUAAUUGGUUUGUUUAAAAUUACAGACCACAAGGCAUGUGGCUACUCUGUAAAGUUAUUGAAAUGGUAUCCUGACUUCCCAGCAUGGUUGUGGGUGGAAAUUUAGUAUACAUUAAAUCAAAAUAAAAGUCAUUUGUUGGUUGCUGUGGCUUUUGAACUUCUGGUGUCCAAGCAGAAUACGCAGAGCCGCGUAGAGAGAGAGUGAAGCCAACUUCAAAGCUUGGAACCAAAAUGGCUGUUCAGUAGAUCCCGAACAGUCCCAAAUACCCCGAUAUCAAUAUGAUCUUACAUACACCCUUGGGGGUUAGGGUAAUGUUUGCAGUACAGCAUGAAGGUAUUGUGUGCCAGUUGUCCAUGUGCACUGAUGCAUAAUCCACCAUUUUGGUGCCAACAAGUGAGACACUCAUGUCACAACUCUCUACGGACAGCUCUGUCAAUACCGAAUGCAAAGCAGCCUCAGGUUUUCAUUAUUGCGAAUGUAUUCUCAUAAAUUUUUCUUUCACGAAUGACUAGACACAGUGUGUUAAAAUAUCUUUUUAAUUUGCAAUUUAAUAAGAGAUGAGUUUCCCUGGUGUCUCCAACAAGAAUCUUAAAGGAAAUGUUCUUCACUGGUUACAAAUCAAAAAAGUUACGGGGCCUGAUAUUUUAAUCCAGGCCAAAUCUUUCUCAAAGGCAAAGUGAAGUCACAAACUUCAGAUCUGGCAAGUGGCAUACAUCAUUUGCAGGGUUAUGAUUCAUUUUCAAUGAUUGCCUUCUACAAGAGUAAUUAAAUAACACAAGACAGCAAGAAAUCAGGUCUAUAGCCCAUCUAGUUCAAAAAUAUCGACAAACUAUUCUAAAGCUGUGUUAAAAUUUCAAGCAUUUUUUUUCCCGAAAGCAGAAACAGCUUGUGGAUGGUCUGUAGAUUUUGUAAUGAUUGAUGGGCUCUUUUAACAGAAGUGGGAGGGGGGAUUAACAGGAUUUUUUUGUUGUCCUGCCUAGUAUGUUGUCUAACUAACAGGUCUGAAAAAGUUUAGGGUUUUAAAAGGUGUUGACCUGUGCUGUAACAAUUGAAAUACAUGUAUACCAUGUUGAGGGAGUUUAGUCAACCUGGACUGUUCCAUUUCUGACUGUGUACACUCUGUGAAAUGGAACAAGCCAAACUGUUACAGGUAUGUUUGCGUAUGCAGUUGGUGAUCAGGGAAGACAGUGUGAGAAAUGGCACGAGGGUUUCCCUGUUUUAGUGGCAGUGAAAUCGACCAACUUAAAGCAGAAUGGAUCAGCCCAUCUGUAAAAGCCCUGCAUUCAAGGUCAUGUAGCUUGAUUGUAAACAUGGGUUAUGAGAGGCUGUGACUUGCUCAGUCCAAGUCCCAUGCUGCAUGCAAGGUAGUACUCACAAGCCAUGGUCAUUGCAUUUUGAUCCAGAACACGGCUUUGUGGAACUGGAGCCCACCUCCAAAGUGACGUGUUAAGAGAUGAUGUAGCGUUCUUGUCACUGCCUCCUUUACUUACUUCUGAGUGUACAGAUAAAAUGCUAAGACAAGAAUCUUCCUGCAAUCAUGUACAUAAAUCUUAAAGGAAUUACCAUGGGGAAUGGGGAAGGUUCAUAGGAUAAUUCAAGCAUGUAUUGAUAUGUAACCUAUCUGUGUACUUGUAAAUGUCGAGGACUGCAUGCCACGAUUGCAUUUUAUCUCCAUUACAUUAUGGCUUGUUCUGUAUUUCUUUACGAGGGAUUUACAAAAUGAAUGUAGGGCCAGUAACACAAUGCAAUUCAGAACCUUAUGAUCGUUUUUUUUCCCCUCUCAAUAUCCAAAGCAACCAGCUACAAAAUAAUGGCAAAGUGGAAUUCCUCUGCCAACUUGGAUUUUAAUCUAAAUGCUUUUAAAUUCUUACUUGAUGACAAAAUUUGGGCAUCGUUCUUCAUUUAGAGUGACUUCAGUCUUUUCAGUUUCAUAUUCAUCCCCCCCUCAAAAAAAGCAAAUCUAGACUUGUUUCUGCAGACAUGGAGUUAAACGGCUAUUUCUGAAGGAAGGUUCUUGUAGCUAUUUGCUUACAGAUAUUGUUUGAUUUUCCCCUCAGAUCUAAUCGACUCUAUUGACUUGCAUUGCUGUUUUUACUUGCCCUGUAUGGAUAUAAAACAGAAGGUAAAGAUCAAGUAUAAGUACAUUUGGAUUAUUAUCAAAUUUGUCUCAAAAACAGCUUUCAUCACCUCGGUACAGUUUCUAUCAAAAGCCUACAGGAGACAAAAGAACAAAUCCAAUUUAAAAAAAAAUUGAUGGUGAAUGAAAUACCUUGUUUCUCAAAUUUUCCCUUCUUUUCACUUAGAGUUUUUUAAUCAAGAAUAACCAUAUACUCUAACUUGGAUUCAUAGGAUGAUGAAAUAUCUGCUAUUAUACUAAAUAAAGUUUUCAAUAUUGUACA